UUAAUCCGCAACCAAACAAAGCCUUAGAUCCUCGUCUUCCUUGAAAAAUUCCUCUUUCCUCUUUUGUACACAAACGCGAAAGCUGGAAACCCGACAUAGCAGAACUGCAAGAUUAAAGAAAAGAAAGUCGAGGUUCGGAUAAAAAGAAUGCAGCCUUUGUUCGGGAGAGUCAUCGCUGAAUCGUCGGCGCCACCGCAGGUUACUGCCACGCCGUCGGAAUUUCUGUUUCAGGUGCAUCUUGACCAAAACGACCUUUCUUCUUUCCGCUUCAUUGCCACCGACUUCAAGUCCAACACUUUCCAAGCUGUCAAAAGCCGCCAGCAGAUGGAAGACUUGAGGGAUAACAUUGGAAUUGGUGGCUCAUGGUCUGAAUUUGUAGACUACAUUGUAGCUUCCCUAAAAUCUGGAGACGUGAAGCUAAUUAUUGAGGGUGCUUCUUCUGCAAAAUUAAUUGCCCAGAAAGCAAAAGGAAUGCCAAGGAUUUCGAUACUCCUUGGUAAACUUGUCGAUGGAGCUGCUGGUGAGGCUAUGGCCAAUAUUUCACUGGAGCUUUAUAAAGAAUUCAAAGAUAUACAAAGUUCACUGGCAGAAGAGCAAGCGAAUAAGUAUCAGCUGAAAAAUAUUGUGGCUGCUGAACAGGAGAAGAAUGCCAAUCUUCAGAAGCAAUUAGACAUGGUUCUGCUUCCAAGAAAGCACAAAUCACAGAAGAUAAUUGACAGCAAAAAUUCAGAUUCUACAUCUUCCAUGGUUUCGCAAGAUUCACCAGACAAGCGCGCUACUUACAACCCAAGCUCAACUAAAGUUCCUAACCGUGUUGUACCAGUGCAUCGCAGGUCUAAAGUAAGAGGAGCUAUUUUAGACGACACUGAAGAUGAUCCAUAGAAUUAAGAAGGUUCUGGACUUCCCAUGUCCGUGUCUGUAGCUCUCUUAGCUCAUUGCCAUUCUUGAUCAUGAAACAGUAAUAUUGCUGUGUUUCCACUAAUGCUUUCUUGUUUCUGUGGAAUGCCAACCACGUCUUACAGAGUUGAUUGAUUUCAGAUUGGAAAAGGUAUAUUAUUGAAGUGCUUGUCUGUCGUAAGUUCUUAUACAUGUUCGUCUGUCUUAUAGUUAAUUUGAUGGUUUCUGAACAAAUGUAAGAUGAGCAAACUGGCAUAUCUAGAGUUUUGUGGUCUGAGGAAAAGAAGAAAUUCAUAUCAGAUUGCUGUCUUUUUAUCCUAAUCGAAAUGCACGAUUAGCUCCUCACAUUUUUUCAAGAUGUGAUUUUACUGAGUUUUGGAAAUAUAUCCACAUUCUUGUUAACUAUUAAU